CAAACCACAAAAGCUGCUACAUGAACCUGCAUCUGUCAAUCUGCUGAAAAACUUUCACCCAGGCAAAAAAGAAAAAUAAAAGAAAAGAAAAAUUUAGCCUUCCUUUCAGGAGAGAAAUGCUUUCUUGUUUUUUUUUUUCUUUUUUUUAAUAUUGCUCUUGUCAACAACCUUUUAGGAGGAAUUGUGGCUGAGUGCAACACUGUUUAGUUUGGAAAGGGGGUUAAAUGGAGAAGAAAAGAACUUGGUUAAGAGCCUUUCACGAGAAUGGAGAUGAAGAUGAAAAAUCCAGAGAGAGAAGACUUGGAUUAAGAGAAAGAAAGCGAAUCAGUUACACUGUAGAAGGAACUGUCCACGAGGAUGAGGAACAAGAGAGUGCAGAGGAGGAGAAAGACGAAUACAAACAUGUAUCAUCAGAAUUGCCUGUAGUUUGUGGAACCAAAAAGGGCCUCCUGGAUGUCAAAAAGCUGGAAGGAGGUGAGGCGUGUAUUACGUGUGAGGGGUAUUUGCUGACACCACCUGCUUUUGAGUGCCUUGCGGGAAAGGGUACUGCUAAGAAAUGGAAAGCUAGCAUAUUUUAUAAUAAGAAACCUCUACAGUUUUGGUUUGAGCAAGGUUACCUGUCCACAAAAGGAUAUAAUAAGGGAAAAAGAGCCAUACAGGAACCGGAGCCGGAGAAACUGUCUGACGGAGAAUCAGAAAUAGAUUUUGCAGAGGAAACUGAAGAAGAGGAUGUCAAAGAUGAUGACUGGCUUUCAAGUAAUGACGAGCAGGCACUAGAGACAGAGGAAGAGAGCGAAGACGGUGGAAAAGAUGAAGCUGGCAUAGAAAACCUUGAGAGUGACAGUGAAGAUGACAGUCUGGAAAUGUUGGAUACUGAGGAUGAAGAUGUAACUGACAUCUCUGGUAAUUCUGCGGCCCAAACGGCUAAUAAAGCAGAAGACCCUAAAGUGAUUACUUCCACUCCUGAGAAACUUUGCGUGCAGAAGGAGGUAAAAAUAAUCAUCAAAAGGCUUUCAGUGGCCGACAGUGAUUGUCAGACCAACCUCAUGGAGUGUCCGCUGGAAGACACAUGGAAUAAGUCUUUGGGUGCAGGCAAUCACAGCGAAGAAGUGACUGAUAACAGCAGUGCAACACUGGAUGACCUGUUCUUCACAUCAGCGAAGGAAAAUCAGCCCUCACUGGUGGCAGGGGCCGCCAGAACUUGUGGAUUUAAGGGAAAACCAGAUCGACAGAGAGGAAUCAAAACUGAGACCUCUUCAUAUGAGGAGAAAGAAGAUGGAGAGUUGGAGAUAUGUUGUGGGAAGGAUAGCAAAAUAAGCAAAGAGGAGCAUUUUGACAUGUCAAUAUCUCAGUACAACAUCCAACCACGUGCAGCUGAAGACAGGGAUGUGACGUCGAGGAGAGUACCUGAACAGCCACUUAUUAUAGAGAAAAUCUUCCAGCCCACUCCGAGCCCUGUCUCUAUACCUGUGACUGUGCCGGUACAUCAGGAUCACACAAACGUCAAUGCACAUUUACAAGGGAUGACGUCAAAUGUGUGCACACCCCAAACCAGCCAGACCCCAGAAAUUGCAGAGGCCUCUUCAAGAGCUUCAUCUGGCUCCGAUGUGGAAACAAUGGAUCUACAUCAGCUGAAGAAGGAAAAAAUUAAAAUGCAACUCAGAGUUUUAAAAUUACAAGAGGAAUAUUUCAUCUUGAAACUGGACAAAUUAAAAAAGCCACAAUGACACUUGUAUAAAUUUUAUUAAAUAAAUGCUUUUAUUAAUUUGCUGGUAUGAUGGAUGCUCAUUGGCCCCAGUCAUUAUAUGAGCAGGAUUAUACCAUCCGUGUUGGAUGCUAGCAUUUCUCCAGGUCCAGGGUAUUUGCAACAUUGCUGGCAAUGUGAAGCUCAGCCAUGCACUCCUUUCUCAGAGAAUGUAAUCUUUUUUGUUUCUUUGUGUUUUUGUUGUACUUGUCCUGUUCAGCAUGGCGGUGGCAGAAUGGUGGUCUGGCUGCUGUGUUGUGCCGAACAAAUUUUCUAUACCAAGGGGAGCUUUAUGAGUUCAAGGCUCCUCUUGAUAAUCUGAUUUUUUUUCCAUGUAAACCAGUUCACUUACAUAAGGUUAGUAAAUCAUGCUGAAAUUGAAAUAAUUCUUCCAGAUAAUGACUGAUGAUUUAGUCUACCACCAGCACAUAUGACAGGUUUCUUCCCUGUCUUUUUCCAUUACUCUCUGGGAUAAAUGAAGUAAUUCAUUCAUUUUAUUUCAUUAUAUUUACUGUUAACAUCUGAGUCCCCAAAUAUAGCACGUCCUCCAUUUCAUGUUAUUAAAAAAAGAAAUGUAAUACUUGUAAUAAAGUAUUCCAAACCUU